AUGCAUCCCUCUGCGCGGAGCCCGGCCGCCGCCACCUCCAGCCCUGCCAUGCUGCUGCUGCUCCUGUGCCUGGGCUGGGUGCCGCCGGGCUGGGGCUGGUCGCGGGGCAGCUCCCGGGGGGCUGCCGGGUUGCCCCCCAACGCCACCACGCCGAUCUCCAUCAUGGGCUUGAUGCCGCUCAGCCAGUCCGAGGAGGACCAGAAGAGCAGGAUCGGCCGGGGGGUGCUGCCCGCCGUGCAGCUGGCCAUGGAUCAGAUCCGCAACGAGUCCCUGCUCAACCCCUAUUUCCUGGACCUGCGCCUCUACGACACGGAGUGUGACAAUGCAAAGGGACUCAAAGCCUUUUAUGAUGCAAUAAAAUAUGGACCUAAUCAUCUGAUGGUUUUUGGUGGUGUAUGUGCAACCGUUACCUCUAUCAUUGCAGAAUCUCUAAAAGGAUGGAAUUUGGUUCAGCUUUCAUUUGCAGCAACAACCCCAGAGUUGGCUGACAAGAAAAAAUAUCCUUAUUUCUUCCGGACAGUGCCAUCUGAUAAUGCAGUGAAUCCAGCAAUUUUGAAGUUGCUCAAGUAUUACCAAUGGAAGAGAGUAGGAACUUUAACCCAGGAUGUACAAAGGUUCUCUGAGGUGAGGAAUGAUCUGACUGGUGUUCUGUAUGGUGAAGAUAUUGAAAUUUCAGAUACUGAGAGUUUCUCCAAUGACCCUUGCACAAGCGUAAAGAAGCUUAAGGGUAAUGACGUUCGUAUAAUCCUUGGCCAGUUUGAUGAGGAAAUGGCUGUGAAAGUUUUCUGCUGUGCUUAUGUUGAAGAAAUGUAUGGCAGCAAGUAUCAGUGGAUUAUUCCAGGGUGGUAUGAAAAUCUUUGGUGGGAAUCCUGGAUUAAUUCUUCACAGUGUCUCAGCAAAAAUCUUCUUGCAGCCAUGGAAGGUUAUAUUGGAGUGGAUUUUGAGCCUCUCAGUUCAAAAAUGAAUAAGACCAUAUCAGGAAGGACUCCACAACAAUAUGAAAGGGAAUACAACGCAAAGCGUGGUGAUGGACAAUCCAGCAAAUUUCAUGGUUACGCCUAUGACGGAAUAUGGGUGAUUGCCAAGACCUUGCAGCGUGCAAUGAAGUAUCUCAAUGCCACCAACAAGCACCAAAAAAUUGAAGAUUUUAAUUAUACAAAUCACAAACUUGGCAAAAUUUUUCUGGAUGCUAUGAAUGAAACAAACUUUUUCGGAGUAACAGGUCAAGUUGUUUUCAGGAAUGGAGAGAGGAUGGGAACCAUCAAAUUUACGCAGUUCCAAGAAAGAAAGGAAGUGAAGGUGGGAGAGUACAAUGCUGUAGCUGACACGCUGGAAAUAAUCAACAACAGCAUCAGGUUCCAAGGACUUGAACCUCCAAAGGACAAAACAAUUAUACAAGAGGAGCUACGGAAGAUCUCUCUACCACUCUACAGCAUCCUUUCAGCCCUCACAAUCCUAGGAAUGAUAAUGGCCAGUGCUUUCCUGUUCUUUAACAUCAAAAACAGAAAUCAGAAAUUAAUAAAGAUGUCCAGUCCCUACAUGAACAACCUUAUUAUCCUUGGAGGAAUGCUUUCUUAUGCAUCUAUUUUUCUUUUUGGUCUUGAUGGAUCCUUUGUCUCUGAAAAGACAUUUGAAACACUCUGCACAGUCCGAACAUGGAUUCUUACAGUGGGAUAUACAACUGCAUUUGGUGCAAUGUUUGCAAAAACAUGGAGAGUUCAUGCCAUUUUCAAAAAUGUAAAAAUGAAGAAAAAGAUCAUUAAAGACCAGAAGUUAAUGGUGAUAGUUGGAGGGAUGCUACUCAUUGAUCUUUGCAUCUUGAUUUGCUGGCAGGUUGUGGAUCCUUUAAGAAGGACAGUGGAAAAGUAUAACAUGGAGCCGGACCCUGCAGGCAGAGACAUCUCCAUCCGACCCAUCUUGGAGCACUGCGAGAACACUCACAUGACAAUUUGGCUUGGGAUUGUCUACGCAUAUAAAGGGCUCCUGAUGUUAUUUGGUUGUUUCUUAGCCUGGGAAACACGAAAUGUCAGCAUUCCUGCUUUGAAUGACAGCAAAUACAUCGGAAUGAGUGUAUACAAUGUCGGGAUUAUGUGCAUUAUUGGUGCUGCUGUUUCAUUUCUUACUCGGGACCAACCCAACGUGCAGUUCUGCAUUGUUGCUUUAGUCAUAAUUUUCUGCAGUACCAUCACUCUCUGCCUUGUGUUUGUACCUAAGCUCAUCACACUGCGGACAAAUCCAGAUGCAGCCACGCAGAACAGAAGAUUUCAGUUCACUCAAAAUCAAAAGAAAGAAGACUCAAAAACAUCGACAUCGGUCACCAGCGUCAAUCAGGCCAGCACCUCUCGGCUAGAAGGACUGCAGUCAGAGAACCACCGCUUGAGGAUGAAAAUUACAGAGCUGGACAAAGACCUAGAAGAGGUCACAAUGCAGCUUCAGGACACACCUGAGAAAACAACAUACAUUAAGCAGAACCACUAUCAGGAUCUCAAUGACAUUCUCAGUAUACGGAACUUUACAGACAGCAAAGAUGGUGAGAAAGCAAUCUUGAAAAAUCAUCUUGAUCAAAAUCCACCAGCACAAUGGGGCACAUCAGACCCUUCCAGAACAAGCAAAGAUCCUAUAGAAGACAUCAACUCUCCAGAACACAUACAGCGUCGGCUGUCCUUGCAGCUGCCCAUCCUCCACCACGCCUACCUGCCCUCCAUAGGAGGAGUUGACGCGAGUUGUGCAAGCCCCUGCGUAAGCCCCAGCGCCAGCCCUCGGCACAGGCACGUGCCACCCUCCUUCCGAGUGAUGGUUUCUGGGCUGUAGGAAGGAGAGAUCAGUGCUUCCUGAA